CCUACUUUCCCCCGGUCUGGAUGUUAAAUACCAAACGGCUCGAUUUAGUCCUAGAAGUCGAGGCUGGCACAAUGUUGAGAUUGUCAUGCAGAAUUGCCGGAGGAAAUCCACUCGUGUACAAGGUCCAUAUGACAUGCGAAGAUGGCAUCUUCGCACUGGAGGAGCGUCAAACAAUUGAGAGAAUGUCUGUUAUUGGACACAUCAGUUUCAUUGUAAGAGAGUCGGCAUACAACAAGUCGUGUUCUUGUUUCGGGAAACACGUAACUAAUCACUAUUUUGCUGGGAGCAUUCUCAAGAUUAUGCUGAUAAAUUUUUUGAAGCUCGACUUUGCCAUAGAGACAAGAUCACAUGGACUCCAACUGACCUGUACUGGCAAAGCUUAUUCACCUAAUACGUUCUCAUUUACAUACUUCAGACAGUAUGUCAGCGGUGUGCUGGUGAGAAAGAUGAAUGGGUACCGCAAGUUAAAUACAUUAACGAAGACCAUUGACAGUUUGCACUAUGAAGACAAUGGAAAUUACACAUGCACUGCUAUGAAUGGAAUAAAGAUGGUGACAGUGUCUAAAAUUCCAAACCUUGAAAUACCCUUGCAACUAUCGGAAUGGUCGGCCAGGUACUCAGUGAUUGCAGCGUUUCUUGGUGAAAGCAUGGUGUUGAGUAAAACCAUUCUGAGCCAUGGGUCGGGCAACAUGACCUUCAACUGGACGGAUCCAAGUGGACACUUCAGGAAAGGCUACAUGAAGAAGGAAGACACUAGUGUGAAGAUUUUCGACACAGUAGUCCAAGUGAAAGCCACUGUGAUAUACCUGAAAAUUGAUGAACUGAAAGAGGCUGACCUCGGUCAAUUUGUUCUCACAGUGUGUGACUGGAACAGAUGCAUACCCUUUUACACAGAUAUAAAAAUACAGAAAAAGAUGCCUCGUUUAGCAGAAGUCAGUGCAGUGCGUCACCCUGAGGCUGUACAGACCCUUAACACAGGCAGUGUAGUGCUGAUAGUGCUGGUGGUGGUAGUGGUAGUGGGUUCGGCAGUGCCCGCAACUUGGAUACUUAGGAUGAGAUGGAAAAAAAAUAUAAGACCUGAUGAAGAAACGAAGACUUUUGCCAUUUCAAAAUAAAUGCGAUAACACGCACUCAGUACUGGCUAGCUGAUUGGACGAGAUGGACACAAACUCUGAACCCUCUAUUGUGCACAAAGUUGAAGUAACAAAGCAGUGAAGAUGGAAUCACUAAGGCCUGCUUUCAUUAACACAAUUCCCCGCGCGUUUCCAUACACCGAAAUGUGUUUUUCCAUAUCUGCAUUUUCUCAAGCGGAUCACUAUACAAAAUGUUACGUUGUCAAAGUGUAUUUCGGCCAAAAGUAAAUGCUUCUCAUUAUGACGUCACUGUACAAAAAAUCACUCAUUGAUAAAAAAAAUCCAAAAUUUUUUAGCACAUGGAAUCGCGUAUAUGGAAAUGGUACGAUUAAAUGCACUGUAUCGCUAAACUCACUCGCAGAAACGUGUGCGAAAUCGCGUUAAUGGAUUGCGGGCCUUAGGUUAGAACAAUUGGCUGUUGACUGUUAAAGACAUGUUAUUUACUUAGAGCCCCUUACCGGUCCAACCGGAGAGGACUAUAGGUUUCAUCUCUGUCCGUCUGUCCGUCUGUCUUUCCAUCCGUCUGUCCCACAUAUAGUUUUCCCGAUAUUUUUUUCACAAUGCCUUGGGAUAUAUUGAGCUGAUAUUUUUGAUAGAGUUAUGGCCCUUGAACUUAGCAGAUACAAAAAUUGGUUUUCUAUACCUUUUUUUCUUGCAAUGCCUGAAGAUAUUGAGAUAAAAUUUUGAGUAUACAUGUAGCUUUAUUAUGUAUACCGUAUAUCUUCGCCUGUAAGUCGAUCUCGGCUAUAAGUCGAGUCCCUAAUUUCAAGCC